AUGGAGCUGAGGAGGCACUUACAGGAACAAUACGCUGCUGGAUACUAUCUCUCCAAACUCCAUGAGUUUAAAGGGAGGUUGAGUAAUGACAACCCAGAGGCAGCAGACAGGCAAUACACAAUGGCGUGUAAAUAUGCCCGCAUGUUGUAUGAUUGCCACUUCGACUGGAUACGAAACGCUGCAGGAGAAAUCUACCUCCCAUCGACAAACGACACGGUUUUUACUCUAUGGAUCAUGACUAGCAAAACCGCUGCGAAUCUCAUCCUCGUCCUCUGCCAUCUCGCAGGCACAUUUGGUCCGAAGGGGCUAGAGUUAACAGAUCAAUCUGACAGUGUGGCAUUGCUCCAAAAAGCCCGCAAGGUUGCUGAGGAGAUGAUCAGUUUUCUAUCGGACAAGCCCGUGUGUGCGCGAGAAAGCUUUCUGAUGUUUAAGACAGUGCAGCUACCGGUCCGCAGGGAAAAGUUUCUGAUGAGCUUCAGGGCGCAUGUCGUUUGCAAAGCACUUGGGGAUGUAGACGCCGCUAUUGAAUAUCUAGAGGAUGCGAUCAAGUACGAUUCGGAAAGCAACCCAGACAACACAGGAGAGAAGUUGAAUGAGCUGAAAGCUAAACGUGGAACGGGUAACAACGGAUCUAUUUCCAAAGUUGUACGAUGGUAA